AAUAUGAUGAAUUAUCAGAAUCAUUUAUAAAUGUUUUAAACUUAUUAGAAGUUAAGCAAAAACAUAAUCUUACUGAUCAUGCUUCUAAUGAUAUUUUAAAUAUUUUUGCUAAUGGUAUAUUUUUUAAAAAUGAUGAACUAAAUAAUCAAACUUAUAUUUUAUCUAAUAGAAAUUGGAAAGAUAUAGGACAAUUAAUGUAUUCUAGUAGACGUUAUAUACCUCUUGAAUUUGGUAGACUACUUCAUGAUAUAUUUAAACAUUUUAAUGGAUUUAAAGCUGCAGAAUGGUCAAAUUGGAUUAUAAUGUAUUCUGAAUCUUUUUUACAAAAUAAAUUACCUAUAUUAUAUUUAAAGGGUUGGAUUAAUUUUGUAGAAGCUGUUAAAAUUUGUCUUCAACAAAAAAUUACACAUAAGGAUUUA